UCGUCACUCCCCCUUUUAAUACUGCCACAUGGCCCAUAUUUUCUAUUUCCAGUUGAACAGCAGCAAUAAUUAUGAGGAGCUGGAGCAGAUUAUUGAAGUACAUUCCAACUGUUUGUCACAGAGGGACAGCGUAUGUAGCUCAGGGAGUUGGAAAUUCUUUGGCUUGUAAGACAAUUCCAAAUAGAAGAGUACAUGGAUGUAUCCUUGGCUGUACAUCUUCCACUGGCAUGUUCCAAGGAUGUAGGGCUAUACACACCAGUGGUUCUUCGGACAAGGAUGACUAUUACAAUAUGCUGGGUGUUCCCCGUAGUGCCGGUCAGAAAGAGAUCAAGAAAGCAUAUUAUGAACUGGCCAAGAAGUAUCAUCCUGAUCUAAAUAAAGACAAUCCAGAUGCUGCAAAAAGGUUCACUGAGAUCGGAGAAGCUUAUGAGGUAUUGAGUGACCAAGACAAGCGCAACACCUACGAUGCCACUGGACACUCAGAAUACACUGCCGGAUCUCAAGGGGCUAGUAGUGGUUUUACUUCUUCACAGGCCGAGGAGAUAUUCAAGUCCUUCUUUGGUGGUGGAGGUUUCGGGAAUAUGUUUGAGCAGGGCGCAAGUACUCAUCGUAUUGGUUUGACCUUGAGUUUUAAUGAGUCAGUGAGUGGCUGUACAAAGGACAUCUCAUUGAGGGUGCAAGGUACAUGUGGGAGGUGUUUUGGGACUGGAGGUGAGCCGGGAACCAAGGAGCAAAUGUGUCCUUACUGCAGAGGGAAGGGAGAGGAGGUAAUCAACACAGGGUUGUUCCACAUGAAGUCAACGUGUCGACGUUGCCACGGUCAGGGGAAAAUAAUCACCACCCCCUGUCAUCAGUGCUCGGGUACUGGGACCACUGUUCGUGCCCAGAGUGUCAAUGUACAGGUACCAGCUGGUGUUGCUGACGGCCAGACUCUCAGGGUACCAGUGGGCCAGUCUGAAGCCUACGUUGUCCUGAAGGUUACAGACAGUGAUUUGUUUGAGCGAGAUGGCUUUGAUGUACACUCCGAUACUGAUGUCAGCUUCACCCAGGCAAUACUAGGUGGGGAACUCAAAAUUCCAGGACUGAGUGGACACAUCAUGCUCAAGAUACCUGCUGGAGUUCAGUCACAUCAUCGCAUCAAGUUAACCAAUAGAGGAAUACCUCAACUCAAUGGAUAUGGCAAGGGUGACCACUAUGUUCAUGUAAAGAUCUCAAUCCCAAAGAGGUUAACCAAGCAGCAGAGAGAACUAAUAACUGAGUAUGCCCUGACAGAGAACUUGGUGAAUGGGACAGUCAAUGGACUUGACAAAGGUAGAACGGAGAACAAAGAUGGACCUUCCUCUGUCGUCAAAGUCGAAGAAAAAGGAAUCAUUCAAAAGUUAAAAGACGUGUUUUGGAAGUCAGAUGAUGACGAAGCUGAACAACAACAAACUGAUCAGAGUAGAGAUAAAAUGAGCUAACUCACAGCUCUCAUUGUACAUAUAAUUGUGUUCAUUAUUAAUUUGUCAAUUCACCACAAUAAUAUUAAUGAUAAUUCCAUUCUCUGUAAAACUUU